AGCCGUUGCGUUGACCGGUUGCUAUUCCUUUCUCAACAAUAAAGAUUUGUCUAAAAACAGUUGGAAAUGACGACCUCGCAAUUCUCUUAAAAUCGAUGGGUUUCUUUUUUCUACAUGUCGAAUACUUGAAUGCUUGAAUCUUCUAUUUCUCUCGACAAUUACCAAAAAAAAAAAAGAAAAAAAAAAAUCUUUCGACCGAGACGGAAUAACGUGUUCUGGGACUGGGACUGAGACGUGGCUGUUGAACGGAGAAACUCCCUCCUCUACCCUUCUCUCUUGGAAACUUAUCCUGCUUUCUCUGCAAACGAGAAAUUGAGAGUCGAGACAUUUCCCUCUUUUCCUCUUUCCAUCGGUGUUCUUCUUCGAUCACGGAAAAAGUUCGAUCCAACUGAAGAAGGAUGUUGGAGGAUCAGGUCGCAUUCUUGUUGCAGAAAUACCUUGGCAAUUAUGUGCAAGGUCUAAGCAAAGAAGCUCUGAAGAUCAGCGUUUGGCGAGGUGAUGUGGAACUAACAAAUAUGCAAUUGAAGCCAGAAGCACUUAAUGCAUUGAAGUUGCCUGUUAAAGUCAAGGCAGGCUUUCUUGGAUCGGUUAGACUUAAGGUUCCUUGGAGUAGGCUAGGUCAAGAGCCAGUUUUGGUCUACCUAGAUCGUAUAUUCAUAUUGGCUGAGCCUGCAACUCAGGUUCAGGGAUGUAGUGAGGAUUCUGUACAAGAAGCUAAGAAGAAUAAAAUACGAGAAUUGGAGAUGAAGCUAUUGGAGAGUCAGCAUCAGCUAAAAUCAGAAAUGAAUAAAUCAUGGCUUGGAUCCUUGAUCAACACAAUUAUUGGAAACUUGAAGCUCUCAAUUACAAAUAUCCACAUUAGAUAUGAAGAUCUUGAGAGCAACCCUGGCCAUCCUUUUGCAUCUGGUGUGACACUGGCAAAACUUUUGGCUGUGACUGUUGAUGAUACUGGGACAGAAACAUUCAUUACUGGAGGUGCACUAGAGCGUAUUCAAAAGUCAGUGGAACUUGAUAGCCUGUCUCUUUACUUUGAUUCUGAUAUAUGCCCAUGGCAAGUUGACAAACCAUGGGAAGAAAUGCUUCCAUCAGAAUGGAGUCAGGUCUUUGAAUUUGGUACUAAGAAUGGAAAACCAACUAAUGCUCUUACAAAAGAUCAUAGUUAUAUUUUGGAACCUGUGACGGGCAAUGCAAAGUACUCUAAGCUGCAGCAAGAGGAAGCAUCAAGUAUGGUCGAACCUCUGCAGAAAGCAGCUAUUAACUUGGAUGAUGUUACGCUCUGUUUAUCAAAGGAUGGAUAUAGGGAUAUCUUGAAACUGGCUGAUAAUUUUGCUGCUUUCAAUCAGCGCCUGAGAUAUGCUCAUUAUCGUCCGCUUGUUCCUGUAAAAUCAAAUCCUAGUUCUUGGUGGAAAUAUGCCUACAAAGCUGUAUCUGACCAGAUGAAGAAGGCAAGUGGGCGGUUAUCAUGGGAACAGGUGCUGAGAUAUGCAAGGAUACGCAAGAGAUAUAUAUCCCUCUAUGCCUCCUUGCUUAAAUCUGAAGCCAACCGGAUGGUGGUUGAUGAUAACAAAGAAAUUGAAGAACUAGAUCGUGGACUUGAUAUUGAAGUCAUUCUUCAGUGGAGGAUGAUGGCACACAAAUUUGUGGAACGGUCCAUAGAAUCAGAGCCUUACUUGAGAAAGCCAAAAACAAAGAGACCUUGGUGGUCAUUAGGAUGGACUGGGCAAUCUUUCAAGGAUGAGAGUGAACCUUGGAAUUUCAGUGAGGAAGACUGGGAACAAUUAAACAAAAUCAUAGGUUACAAGGAAGGUGAUGAUGUGCAAUUGCUGACAACUCAAGAGAGUGGGAACAUACUCCAUACCUCCUUGGAGGUUCGCAUGAAACAUAAUGCUUCGAAGCUUAUUGCUGAGGCUCAACAUUGUCUUGCUGAAUUAUCUUGUGAAGGGCUGGAUUGCUCUGUCAGGCUCUAUUCUGAGACUAAGGUUUUUGACCUGAAAUUGGCAUCAUAUCGUUUGUCAUCACCUAAUGGGCUUUUGGCAGAGAGUGCAGCAACUGAUAAUUCCUUGGUUGGUAUCUUUUCAUACAAACCUUUUGACGUUAGAGUAGACUGGAGUCUGGUUGCAAGAGCUUCACCAUGCUAUAUGACUUAUCGGAAGGAGUCCAUUGACCAAAUUGUCAAUUUCUUUGGAAGCAGUACAGCUGUCAGCCAGACCAUAGCUUUGGAAACUGCAGCUGCUGUUCAGAUGACUAUUGAUGGAGUCAAACGUAGUGCUCAAAAACAAGUGAAUAGAGCAUUGAAGGAUCACACCAGGUUUUUGUUGGACCUGGAUAUUGCAGCUCCCAAGAUUACAAUUCCUACUAACUUCUGUCCAGACAACUCUCACACUACUAAGUUGCUACUUGAUUUAGGAAAUUUUGUUCUUCAUACACAGGAAGACUCUGAAUUGGAUUUGCCUGAGGAGAAAAAUAUGUACUUGCAGUUCAAUUUGGGUCUCAGUGAUGUAUCUGCUUUUCUGGUAGAUGGUGACUAUCAUUGGAAUCAAACUCUGGGGGCUUCUUCUAGUUCUUCCCAAUCAAAAUAUUUUGGUUUUUUACCUGUUAUCGAUAAGUGUGGAGUAGUACUGAAGCUUCAACAGAUCCGAUCACCACACCCAUCCUACCCUUCAACAAGACUUGCUGUGCGGCUGCCUUCCCUAGGUUUUCAUUUUUCCCCGGCUCGAUACCAUCGUUUAAUGCAAGUUGCAAAGAUCUUCCAGAAUGAGGAAAGUUCAGAUUCAGAUUUUCUUCGCCCCUGGAAUCAAGCUGAUUUUGAGGGAUGGUUGUCUCUUCUUGCCUGGAAGGGUGUUGGAAAUAGGGAAGCUGUGUGGCAGCAUAGAUAUCUUUGUUUAGUUGGGCCUUUUCUUUAUAUUUUGGAGAGUCCUGUCUCCAGAACUUACAAGCAAUACCUCAGCUUACGGGGAAAACAAAUUUAUCAUGUUCCAAAAGGAUUGAUUGGCAAUGUAGAACAUGUAUUAGCUAUUUGUGAUGCUGGACAAUCUAACAUGAAGGUUGUGGAAGAUGUGAAUUCACUAGUAUUACGUUGUGAUUCUGAUGAUUCCAGGAGAACAUGGCAAAGCUGUUUUCAAGGGGCUAUAUAUCGCGCAUCGGGUUCUGCUCCUAUCAUUAAUUUAUCUGAAACAUCAUCUGAUCCUGGAGACAUGGAAACCGAAUUUGUAGAUGACAGCAAUGUAUUGGAUUUGUUGAAUGUGGAAAAAAUGUUCAUGAUUGGUGUUCUUGAUGAACUGAAAAUCUGUUUCAGUUAUAGUCACUUGGAUAGCCAAAGUUUAAUGAAAGUUCUUCUAGCAGAAGAGAGUCGUCUAUUUGAGUUUCGUGCAAUAGGUGGUCAGGUGGAACUUUCAAUUAGAGCAAAUGACAUGUUUAUUGGCACAGUCUUGACGUCUUUAGAAAUUGAAGAUUUGGUAUGCUCUAAGGGUAUGAAUCGACCUCAUUUUCUGGCAAGGUCCUUCAUCAGGAGCACAGAUAGCUCUACUUUUGAUGAGUCCUUGUCCACUGAAAAUGCUGUAUGUUGGAGCUGUAGCAGCAAUGACCAAAAUCAAGGUGAUGGAGAUGACGGGUUUUUUGAAGCUUCUGAAGAGCUGGUUGACUUAGUUGACUAUCCUGAGCAACCAUCUGGGAACUCAAUUCCAUCAAUAAAGCUGUCAAUAAACCCUCCUAGUUUUAGUUGUAUUCGCGGUUUACUUCCUAAUGCUGGGCCUCAAAAAGUAACUGAGGGAAUGGAAAUAACUGAUAACUUGGACAGUUUCGUGAAAGCCCAGAUAGUGAUCUUUGACCAUAAUUCUCCUCUAUAUGACAAUGUAGAUAAGUGGGUUACAGUGACAUUAGCAACCUUAUCAUUUUUCUGUAAUAGGCCAACAAUUAUUGCAAUUAUGGAAUUUGUGAAUGCUAUCAACAUUGAGGAUGGGGGUUCUUAUUCUUCCACUGAUAAGCCUUUAGAAGCUAUGACACAAAAAGAUACCUCAAGGGAAGUUAUGAUUGAAGAUCAGCAUUCAGUUACAACCCAAGAACCUGUUGUUAAAGGCUUGCUUGGGAAAGGGAAAUCUAGAGUCAUGUUCUAUUUAACAUUGAACAUGGAUCGUGCACAGAUUCUGUUGAUGAAUGAAAAUGGAUCUAUACUUGCUACUCUAUCACAAGAUAAUUUGCUCACUGAUAUUAAGGUCUUCCCAUCUUCUUUUAGCAUAAAAGCUUCUCUGGGAAAUCUAAAGAUAAGUGAUGGCAGUCUUCCUAGCACUCAUUCAUAUUUCUGGGUUUGUGAUAUGAGAAAUCCUGGGGGCAGUUCAUUUGUUGAGUUACUCUUCAGUUCAUUCAAUGUUGAUGAUGAUGACUACGAAGGCUUUGAUUAUAGCCUUUGCGGACAGCUUUCAGAAGUACGGGUUAUAUAUUUGAACCGCUUUGUGCAAGAGGUCAUCAGUUAUUUCAUGGGCCUUGUUCCCAACAAUUCAACUGGUAUUGUAAAGUUGAAGGAUCAAGGAACCAACUCAGAGAAGUGGUUUACUACAAGUGAACUUCAAGGAUCACCUGCUCUUAAGUUGGAUCUUUCACUUAGAAAGCCUAUAAUAUUGAUGCCUCGCAGAACAGACAGCUCUGACUAUCUAGAGCUAGAUGUCGUUCAUAUUACUGUUCAGAAUACUUUUCAGUGGCUCGGUGGUGACAAAAGUGAAAUGGGUGCUGUUCAUUUGGAAGUAUUAACUGUCCAGGUUGAAGACAUCAACCUAACUGUUGGUAGUGGAAAGGAAUCAGGUGAAAGUAUAAUUCAAGACGUCAAGGGCAUUUCCAUUGUUGUUCAGAGGUCACUUCGGGACUUACUGCAUCAAAUGCCAGUUACUGAAUCUACAAUCAAGAUAGAGGACCUGCAAGCAGCUUUAUCUACAAGGGAAUAUCAGAUAAUUACAGAAUGUGCCCUUUCUAAUUUCUCAGAGAGUCCAAAGACCAUUCCGCCACUGAACCAACAUCUUGAGACACUUUCUGGGGAUUUGGUGCGACCUGUAACUCUUCCUUUAGAUGUUGUUGAAGGUGUUGCUCAGGAAAGGGAAGCAUGGGUUACCAUAAAGGUUUCUGUUGCUAUUAAUUUGGUUAAAUUGUGCCUGUAUUCAGGGGUAGCAAGAGAUACUGCUCUGGCUACAGUGCAGGUGAGUGGUGCAUGGCUUCUUUACAAGUCAAAUACAAUGGAAGAUGGAUUUCUUUCAGCAACACUUAAGGGUUUCACUGUAGUUGAUGAUCGAAUGGGAACUAAGCAAGAGUUUAGGCUCGCAAUUGACAGACCCAAGAUUACUGGGUAUAGUCCUCUUCAAUAUUCUACUGAUGACAAGAAAAGAAACGUGGUUGAUUCUGAUAAGCAUGCCUUAAAAUCUGAUGAUGUAAAACCUAUUCCUACCAUGCUUAUUCUUGAUGCCAAGUUUAGUCAGUUGGGGACCUAUGUCUCUGUAUGUGUCCAAAGACCACAGUUGCUUGUUGCGCUUGAUUUCUUACUUGCUGUUGUUGAGUUUUUUGUUCCAACAGUCCGUCGUAUGCUAUCAAAUGAAGAGGAUGAGAAUCCUCUAAAUGUAAUUAGUGCAAUCAUUUUGAAUCAACCAACUUUUAGUCAGCCAUCUGCUGAUUUCUCUCUCUCACCUCGGAGGCCACUGAUUAUUGAUGAUGAAAAAUUUGACCAUUUUAUAUAUGAUGGGAAAGGUGGAAAUUUAUAUUUACAGGAUAACCAGGGAUUCAAUCUCUCAAGUCCUAGCACAGCAGCUUUAAUUUAUGUGGGCAAUGGAAAAAAAUUGCAAUUUAAAAAUGUCUUUAUCAAGAAUGGGCAGUUUUUGGAUUCUUGUAUUGUUCUGGGGUCCAAUAGUAGCUAUUCAGCUUCUGAGGAUGAUCAAGUAUUCUUGGAGAGAUGGAAAGAUAGUUCUUCUGAAAACUCUUCAGAGGGAAGGACAAAUGGUGUAUCAGCUCAGAGCAUUGUAGCAGAUGACUCUACAGAGUUUAUUAUUGAGUUACAGGCUAUUGGUCCAGAACUUACAUUUUAUGACACAUCAAAAGAUGUUAGUGAAUCAUUAACACUCUCAAACAAAUUUCUACAUGCACAGUUGGAUGCAUUCUGCAGGCUUGUUUUGAAAGGGGAUACUGUUGAAAUGAGUUCAAAUGCACUGGGAUUAACACUUGAGAGCAAUGGAGUUAGGAUUUUAGAGCCUUUUGAUACCUCCAUAAGAUUUUCUAAUGCCUCUGGGAAAACCAAUAUACAUGUAGCUGUUUCAGAUAUAUUCAUGAAUUUCUCCUUCAGCAUCUUGAGACUGUUCUUGGCAGUUCAGGAAGAUAUUCUGACAUUUAUAAGGAUGACAUCAAAGAAACUAACAGUGGUCUGCUCUCAGUUUGACAAAGUUGGAACAAUUGAAAAUCCUCACACUAACCAAACUUAUGCCUUUUGGAGGCCACGUGCACCACCUGGCUUUGCUGUUCUUGGGGACUACUUGACACCAUUGGAUAAGCCUCCUACAAAAGGAGUUAUUGCUGUAAAUACCAGCUUUGCAAGAGUCAAGAAGCCUGUAUCUUUCAAGCUAAUUUGGCCAUCUUUAGCAUCUGAGGAGAUUCCUGAUGGCAAUGGAAAAGAUGCUGGCUGUUCUGUCUGGUUGCCUGUUGCACCUGAAGGUUAUGUUUCACUUGGAUGUGUAGUGUCAACUGGAAGAAUGCAACCACCACCAUCUUCUGUUCUAUGCAUCUUGGCAUCUUUAGUUUCUCCUUGCGCCUUGAGAGAUUGCAUUGCAAUGAAUUGUACUGAUCUAUACCCAUCAAGCUUUGAAUUCUGGCGAGUUGAUAACUCUGUAGGAUCUUUCCUUCCAGCAGAUCCCAAAACUAGGGUUUUAACUGCAAAAGCAUAUGAAUUGCGUCAUAUGAUUUUUAAGUGCUUGGAAGGAUCUCCAAAAGAAUCUUGGAAUUCAAAUAUCCAAAAUGUACCUCUUGGUCAGGGUCACACUAUUCAGUCAGAAAGAUCUUCAGCGGUAAACUCUGGGAGGCGUUUUGAAGCUAUAGCUAGUUUUAGAUUGGUAUGGUGGAACCAGGGUUCAGGCUCUAGGAAGAAAUUAUCCAUAUGGCGUCCAGUUGUCCCACAAAGUAUGGUAUAUCUUGGGGAUAUUGCAGUUCAAGGGUAUGAGCCUCCAAACACAUCCAUUGUUCUUCAUGAUACUGGAGAUGAGUUUCUCAGAGUCCCUCUAGAUUUUCAACUUGUUGGACAAAUUAAGAAACAGAAAGGAAUUGAAAAUGUUUCUUUCUGGUUGCCCCAGGCGCCUCCAGGUUUUCUUUCCUUGGGAUGCAUUGCAUGUAAAGGCAGACCAAAACAAGAUGAUUUCAAUUCAUUAAGAUGCAUACGUAGUGAUAUGGUAACAGGGGAUCAAUUUUCAGAAGAAAGUAUAUGGGAUACAUCUGAUGUCAAGAUCACUACAGAACCUUUUAGCAUAUGGACUGUUGGUAAUGUGUUGGGUACCUUUCUGGUCCGCAGUGGUUUCAGAAAGCCUCCCACAAGACUUGCUUUAAAGCUUGCAGAUCCAAAUUUUUCUAGUGAUUCAGAUGAUACUGUAAUUGAUGCAGAAAUUGGAACAUUUUCUGCAGCGCUUUUUGAUGAUUAUGGAGGUUUGAUGGUUCCUUUAUGUAACAUCUCUUUGAGUGGUAUUGCAUUUAGUUUACAUGGAAGAAUACCUGGCUAUCUAAAUUCCACUGUGAGCUUCUCUUUGGCUGCACGAUCAUAUAAUGAUAAGUAUGAUUCUUGGGAGCCUCUUGUUGAGCCUGUGGAUGGAUUUGUAAGGUACCUGUAUGAUCUGAAUGCCCCAGCUGCUUCUCAGUUACGCUUGACUUCUACAAGAGAUCUAAACUUGAAUAUUUCAGUAUCUAAUGCAAAUAUGAUUUUUCAAGCAUAUGCAAGUUGGAAUAAUCUUAGCAAUGUCCACGAAUCUUAUAUUACAGAAGGGAUAUGGCGUCCUACUUAUGAUGGAAGAUCUAUCAUUAACAUCCAUGACUGGAGGAAUUAUCAUAUUAUGCCACAAAACAAACUUGGCCAGGACAUAUUUAUACGAGCUACUGAAGUCAGGGGACUCCCAAAUAUAGUUAGGAUGCCAUCUGGGGAUAUGAAGCCUAUAAAGGUUCCUGUUUCACAAAAUAUGUUACACUCUCACUUGAAAGGAAAAUUUGGCGUGAAACUUAGGGUGAUGGUGAUGGUCAUCAUAGCUGAUGCACAGUUUCCUAGUGUUGAAGGAUUAUCAAAUCACCAAUAUACAGUGGCAGUCCGCCUUGUUCCAAAUGAAUGCCUUCCUGGUUCAUUAUUAAACCAACAAAGUGCACGAACCUGUGGCAGCAGUUCAGAUAAUUCUGUAUCUUCUGGACUUGACUUGGUGAAUUGGAAUGAAACAUUUUUCUUCAAGGUUGAUUCUGUGGACUCCUACAUGAUGGAAUUGGUAGUUACUGACAUGGGGAAAGGUGCACCUGUUGGAUUUUAUUCAGCUCCUUUGAAGCAGAUAGCAAGUAAGGUUGAUGACAAUUCAGAUUCUUAUGAUUGUAUAAGUGAACUGUCCUGGAUAGAACUAUCCUCACCACAAGCAUUGAAUAUGACCGAAGAAGAUAAAAGUAAGGAGUCUCAUGGGAGAAUAAGAUGUGGUGUAAUACUUUCACAGAGGUCAGAAGUUGAAAAUGAUAUGCAAAUGUUAAGUAAUGGAAGGAAACCUGGAUUCAUUCAAAUCAGUCCUACCCAACAAGGGCCUUGGACUACCAUGAAACUAAACUAUGCUGCACCUGCAGCUUGUUGCCGGUUUGGCAAUGAUGUUGUUGCAAGUGAAGUAAGAGUCAAAGACGGCAACAGAUAUGUAAAUAUUCGUUCUCUGGUUUCUGUUAGCAACAACACAGAUUUUGUACUUGAUCUGUGUCUCAAAGUUAAAGCAUCUUCUGAAAGCAAAAGGUCAACUAGUGAUGGCUGCAAAGGUGAAGACAAAGAAAUCAAUAACAAUAACAUCAUAACAGAUGUGUUCUUUGAAACUGAGAAGUACAACCCAGACAUUGGCUGGGUUGGCUGUUUCACUCAAUCUAAACAUGAUCACUCUGGAGGUGGAUGCUCUCAUCAGGGGAUUUCAGAAGUUGAUUUACCACCAGGUUGGGAAUGGAUUGAUGAAUGGCAUGUUGACAAUUCAUCAGUAAAUACUGCUGAGGGAUGGGUUUAUGCUCCAGACCUUGAACAUCUGAAAUGGCCUGAUUCAUAUAAUCAUUUAAAGUUUGUCAAUUAUGCAAGGCAAAGGAGAUGGAUCCGGAACAGGACACGCAUCUCAGGUGAUGCAAAGCAGCAGAUAUCUGUCGGGUUAUUGAAACCUGGAGAUACAAUGUCUCUUCCUCUGUCAUGCCUGACACAUCCAGGACGGUACAUCAUGCAAUUAAGGCCAUGGAGCACUGAUAAUCCUAAUGAAUAUUCUUGGAGUUCAGUUGUGGAUAAAGAGUUUUCUAGCCAACCAAAAGAAGUUUCAGAAAUUUGUGUAUCAACUCUAGCAGAGUCUGAGGAACUACUGCAUUGCACCCAAAUAAGUGGAACUUCUUCAAAUAAUUCUCAGGGACUUUGGUUUUGUUUGAGCAUACAAUCCACAGAGAUAGGAAAAGAUAUCCAUUCAAAUCCUAUUCACGAUUGGAACCUCGUAAUUAAAUCUCCGUUAUCUAUUACUAAUUUUCUCCCACUGCCAGCAGAGUUUUCUGUUCUUGAGGUGCAAGGAAAUGGUCAGUUUGUUGCUUCCUUUCAAGGAAUAUUUUUACCAGGAAAUACUGUAAAGGUUUAUAAUGCUGAUAUAAGGAAUCCUUUGUAUUUUUCCCUUCUUCCACAGAGAGGAUGGCGGCCAGUACAUGAAACUGUCCUUAUAUCACAUCCUAGUGGGGCUCCAUCUAAAACAAUAAGUUUAAGAAGUACAUUUUCUGGAAGGAUUGUUCAAAUCAUUCUUGAACAAAACCAGGACAAACAACAGCUAGUGGUGGCAAAAGCUGUUAGAGUCUAUGCUCCUUACUGGAUUUCAAGUGCCAGAUGCCCACCGCUAAAAUAUAGACUUGUUGAUAGAGGAGGAAGAAGGCAAAAGCGAAAUUUCUCUCUCCCAUUUCAGUCAAAGCAGAACAAUGAAGGAAUACUUGAGGAAAUCACUGAAGAGGAAAUAUUUGAGGGUUAUACGAUUGAUUCUGUCAUGAACUGUAAACUUGUCGGCCUCUCAGUAUCUAUCAGUCAGUCUGGAAAGGAACAAUUUGGACCUGUUAGAGACCUUUCUCCUCUUGGUGACAUGGAUGGAUCAAUGGAUCUUUAUGCUUAUGAUGGUGAUGGAAAUUAUAUCCGGCUUUUUAUUUCCUCUAAACCAUGCCCUUAUCAAUCCAUUCCUACAAAGGUAAUCUCUGUCCGACCAUUUAUGACAUUUACAAACAGAAUAGGCGAAGAUAUUUUUAUAAAGCAUAGCAGUCAAGAUGAGCCAAAAGUUCUACCUGCAUAUGAAACAAGAGUCUCAUUUGUUUCUCAUGAAACAGGGGGAUCAGAUAAACUUCAGGUUCGGUUGGAAGAUACUGAAUGGUGUUUUCCUGUUGAAAUCAUGAAAGAAGACACCAUCUCUAUGGUAUUGAGGAAAAACAAUGGUGCAAGGAUAUUCUUAAGGACUGAAAUUCGAGGCUAUGAGGAGGGAUCACGAUUUGUAGUUGUAUUCCGUUUAGGAUCCACAGGUGGCCCUAUCAGGAUUGAGAACCGAACAAUGAGCAAGAUGAUCAGAAUUCGGCAAUCUGGCUUUGAUGAUGAUGCCUGGAUCCAGUUAGAACCUCUGUCAACUACAAAUUUCUCUUGGGAGGAUCCAUAUGGUCAAAGAUUUAUUGAUGCUGAAAUUAACAGUGGGAAUAACAUUACUGUCCACAAGUUCAAUUUGGAUAAGAUUGUUGAAUAUUCCAUAGAUGAAACAACACUAGGAUUAAAGUUUCAGAUCUUGGAAAUAGGUAAUAUCAAGGUUGUUAGGUUCAAUGAUGACAGGUCAUCAUCAAGUUCACCUGAUGAAAGUAAAACCUUAGCAUCCUCUGGAAAUUGGGGUACUCAGAGAACCGAGGAGAGCAAUGUUGCACCUAUAGAGCUUAUAAUUGAAUUGGGAACUGUUGGGGUUUCUGUAAUAGACCACCGACCACGAGAGCUUUCGUAUCUAUACUUGGAGAGAGUUUUUAUUUCAUAUUCAACUGGUUAUGAUGGUGGAACUACAAGCAGGUUCAAGAUCAUUCUUGGUCAUUUGCAGCUUGACAACCAGCUCCCUCUAACAUUGAUGCCUGUACUUUUGGCACCUGAACAGGCAACUGAAAUGCACCAUCCAGUUUUCAAAACAACUAUUACAAUGAGGAACCAGAGUAGUGAUGGCACCCAAGUCUACCCAUAUGUUUAUAUACGGGUAACUGAAAAGUGUUGGAAGAUUAGCAUUCAUGAACCAAUUAUUUGGGCCUUUGUGGAUUUCUAUAAUAAUCUUCAGAUGGAUCGGAUCCCCAAAAGCUCUAGCAUCACCGGAAUUGAUCCAGAGAUAAGAGUAGACCUAAUAGAUGUUUCAGAAGUAAGGUUAAAGUUGUCACUGGAGACAGCACCAACUCAGAGGCCCCACGGGGUUCUAGGUGUUUGGAGCCCCAUAUUGUCUGCUGUCGGAAAUGCAUUCAAAAUCCAGGUUCAUCUGAGGAAGGUCAUGCACAGGAACAGAUUUAUGAGGAAAAGUGCUGUUAUUCCUGCUAUUGUGAACCGUAUCUGGAGAGAUUUGAUCCAUAAUCCUUUACAUUUGAUAUUCUCAGUAGAUGUCCUUGGUAUGACAAGUUCAACAUUGGCUUCUCUUAGUAAAGGAUUUGCUGAACUCUCGACAGAUGGACAAUUCCUGCAGUUACGUUCAAAGCAGGUGUCAUCAAGGAGAAUCACUGGGGUAAGUGAUGGAAUUCUUCAAGGAACUGAAGCUCUUGCACAAGGUGUAGCUUUUGGAGUGUCUGGUGUUGUGACAAAACCUGUGGAGAGUGCCCGACAGUAUGGUCUUCUAGGGCUUGCCCGUGGUCUUGGACGAGCUUUUGUAGGAUUUGUAGUGCAGCCAGUGAGUGGGGCAUUAGAUUUUUUCUCAUUGACAGUUGACGGAAUUGGUGCAAGUUGUUCCAGAUGUUUAGAGGUCUUAAGUAAUAAGGCCACCUUUGAAAGAAUUAGAAAUCCUCGGGCCAUACAUACAGAUGGUAUAAUUAGGGAGUAUUGUGAGCGAGAAGCAACCGGACAGAUGAUCAUGUUCCUAGCAGAAGAAAGUAGACAUUUUGGUUGCACAGAAAUUUUCAAGGAGCCUUCAAAAUUUGCUUUGUCAGAUUACUAUGAAGACCAUUUCACUGUGCCCUACCAAAGGAUUGUUCUUGUGACAAACAAGCGUGUCAUGUUGUUGCAGUGUCCGGCUCCAGACAAGAUGGAUAAGAAACCUUGCAAGAUCAUGUGGGAUGUACCCUGGGAAGAGCUAAUGGCACUGGAGCUGGCAAAAGCAGGCUAUCCAAGACCCUCUCAUUUGAUUCUUCAUCUCAAAAAUUUCAAUAGAUCAGAGAACUUUGUCCAACUGAUCAAGUGCAAUGUUGAAGAAGAAUCUGAGCAAAGAGAACCCCAAGCUGUUAGAAUCUGUUCAGUAGUGUACAAGGUGUGGAAGGCACACCAGUCAGACAUCAGAAGCCUAGUUUUAAAGGUUCCAUCAAGCCAGAAGCAUGUAUAUUUUGCUUGGGGUGAAGAUGAAAGGGAUUCACGUAUGCAGAUUAAACCCAUGAUCAAGUCAAGAAAGAUAUCUUCAGUCAGUUCUCUUUCUGGCGAGAAGAAAUUUGUAAAACAUAGCAUCAAUUUUCAGAAGAUCUGGAGCAGUGAGCAAGAGUCAAAAGGACGAUGCACAUUAUGCCGAAAGCAGGUUCCGGAUAACGAUGGAAUAUGUAGCAUUUGGAGACCAAUUUGUCCAGAUGGGUAUGUUUCCAUUGGGGAUAUAGCCCGUCUUGGCUCCCAUCCUCCAAAUGUUGCUGCUGUUUAUCAUAACAUUGAUGGUCUGUUCUCUAUUCCGAUGGGAUUUGAUCUGGUGUGGAGGAACUGCUUAGAUGACUACACAACUCCUGUCUCAAUUUGGUAUCCACGAGCACCAGAAGGAUUUGUAUCACUAGGAUGUGUUGCUGUAGAAGGCUUCACAGAGCCACAACCCAAUUCUGUAUACUGUGUAAUAGGGACUCUAGCUGUGGAGUCUGUGUUUGAAGAGUUAAAGGUCUGGGAGGCACCAGAUUCAUACCCAUGGGCAUGUCAUGCUUAUCAGGUCCAAAGUGAAGCUCUACAUUUUAUAGCUCUGCGACAGCCAAAGGAAGAAUCUGAUUGGAUACCCAUGAGAGUUGUUGAUGACCAUCAAUUAUCCGAAGAAUAAGAAGCUCAAUAAAUUGUGUGAACAAUUAUAAUGACCAUCUCCCAUGUUAUAUACAUAAAAAAAAAUUCCGCAAGAUGGAACUAUUUUUGGUUUGUCUACUUAUUUGUGAUUAUGUUGAAGUAUCUAAGGUUGUGUUUUGAUAAGUUUCAGAAUUUAUGCUUUCAAAGCCCAGAAGUAAGGAGUCCCAACUUUAGGUCUUGUGCUU